AUGCUCCGCCACAGGGCGGCGGCGGGCGGCGGCGGCGCUCUGCUGCGGCCGACGGGGCCUGGCGGCGAGGCCGUCGUUCCGGGACCCCGGCCGGCGGUGGUGGGCGCGCGGGCUGCUGCUACUGGGCAGAGAGAGGUGGGUGGUGAAGGCGUCCCUCCUCCGGGCUGCCCCAUCGCCGCCGCGUCGGACCGCGAGGAGAGGAGGAACCGCAGCAUGGCCAAGGGGCUGAAGUACAAGUUUGUCGGGCGGCGUGCGGCGGAUGGGCAUGGGGAUUGUGACACCACUUUCUAA